CACAUGGACAUGGAGUUCAUGAGAGCCGAUCAGUUAGUUCUGGCUGCAGGCCUCCUCCUGCUGCAGCUGCCGUUUGCAUGCGCAUUGGUGCGCUCUCCGAACCGGACAACGGCAGCAGCGCCGUUGGUGCCGGCGAUCAUCGCGUUCGGGGACUCCAUCGUCGACCCAGGCAACAACGACGUGCUGACCACCAUCAUCAAGUGCAACUUCCCGCCCUACGGCCAGAACUUUGCGGGCGGCGCCACGGGGAGGUUCUCCAACGGCUUCAUUCCCACUGAUCUAAUAGCUCAAACGUUAGGUGUGAAGCAAUUACUUCCCCCGUACCUCGGCGUGGAUCUCUCACCCGAGGACAUCUUAACCGGUGUCAGCUUUGCCUCCGGCGCAACGGGCUAUGACCCUCUCACCCCCAAAAUCUUGAAUGUAAUACCCAUGAAGGAUCAGCUCGAUCUCUUCAGUGAGUACAGAGCAAGGCUGUACUCCAUUGCUGGUCCAGAUCGAGGCGCGGAAAUCAUCUCGAAAGCCCUCUUCAUCAUUUGCGCGGGAACUGACGAUCUCGCUAACACUUAUUUCACCACCCCCUUCCGGAGGAACUAUGACGUUCCUUCCUACAUCAACUUGUUGAUCUCUUCUGCUUCAGAAUUCAUCAGGCAAGUAGUAGGAAUCGGCGCGAGGAAGAUCGGAUUUGUGGGUCUUCCGCCUAUCGGCUGCGUGCCGUCGCAAAGAACUCUCGGCGGAGGUAAAGAAAGACGAUGCGAAGCGACUCGGAACCAAGCGGCCCAAUUGUUCAACUCCAGGAUUGAGACUGUGAUCAAAGGUCUUUCAGCAGAGUUUACUCAAGUGAAGAUUGUCUACAUCGACAUAUACGACAUUCUUCUUGAUCUUGUUCAAAGACCUGGCUAUUAUGGAUUUAAGGAGUCCACAAAAGGGUGCUGUGGAAGUGGAGAAAUAGAGGUCACUCUCCUCUGCAACAGCAAGACAGUAACCACUUGCAGCGACGUGAAUGAGUAUGUGUUCUGGGACAGCUACCACCCCACAGAAAAGGCUUACAAGAUCGUAGUGAACAACAUCUUUACCAAUUACCUAAGAUACUUGCUCUGAAAACAAUUGGGGAAGAAAUGAUUCUGAAUAUUUGUACUGCAAUUGCCAAUUAUAGCCUUAUUACUGGUUUCCCUCUGAUGUAUUGUGUAUGAUUUACAGGUCAGUUCAUGAUGAAGUCAAGAGAAUGUAGUAGUUUAUGAUUC